AUGGCAAGCCUGUUGUUCGACAAGUUGGCCGGAACCCCGGACUUCGCGGAGAAGACCCGCGCAGUGAACGUUCAGCAACUGAAGGAUGGCAUCAGGGACAUCGCGAAAAUGGUUCUCAAGUCCAUGCCUACCACUAAAGUGAAAGAGUCCAAAGGGGCCAAAGGCGCAUUUCUGAAGAAGGCGCCGACGGCUUCAGGCAAGAAUGUGUCUCCAAAGAGGAAGGCUGCUGCCAGCAAGAAGGCAGCUGCCAGCAAGAAGGCCGUAGCUGCGAAGAAGAAGGCGGCUCCUGCCCCAAAGAAAGUUGUGCAGAAGCCUACCAUCCGAAGCACGCGGUCCCAGGCGACCCCAAUCGGCAAGGGCGGAGCAAAGGGACGGCAGGAAGCAAAGGCGAGAUUGGAGCAGCAGUUGCGGGGCAUCACGAAGCCCGAUCUGAGGCGCCUGGCACGACGCGCCGGUGUCCAGCGCAUGUCCGGUACAAUCUACGAGGAAGUUCGGGAGGUGGUCACAGGGUUCCUGCGGAAGAUCUUGAUCGAUGCGGCUGUAUAUGCCGAGCAUGCACGACGAAAGACAGUGACACCCAUGGACAUCGUGCUGAGCCUGCGUCGCAGGGGACAGGCCCUCUAUGGAUGCAUGUGA